UGUACGGGAACUUCCGCCACGGAGACGGAGCCUGUCCAUUGUACGAGCCGUUCCGAACGAGUGCCGCGAUUGUUGAGCCGCAGUCUGAUAAAUCUGUGGUUUCUACCCAAGUUUGUUUUCGUUUGACGUAGCCGGUUGUCUUGUUCGAGUUCGAAACUGCAUGCGAUCGUUCUGGUACGUGAAUUUCACGGGGUGGUAGCGGGUUGUUUUACGGGGGGAAACAGCGGUGACGGUCUCACCAUAGGAAUUUGUCCGUUAACAGCGGCUCAGCCACCUUGCGGUCUUGCUAGCACUUGAGCUAGCCGAUGUUAAACAUCGUUGUGUGGAUCCGCCUGGGGAUCCGGGAUCUAGCAUGUAUCUAACCAGAGGGCAUCAUCUUUAAAAACAAGUCGCCGGUGUCCAAAUUAGCAAGGGCACUGUUAGCUCGAAAACUAGCCACUUAGCACAGCCAGCUAGCUAACGCUACCGGAUAGUCUUUCACAAAAGGGCAACCCGUCAACUACGUAUUUGGUAGCCAAACUAAAGCUGUUUAGUUUUUUUUUUUUUUUUUUAGUUGUCCUUUAUUUAUUUUUUUGCUUCCAUCGGGCUCCCGCACCGAGAGUACAACAAUAGUACAGAAUGAAUGGAUUUAGCACCGAAGAGGACAGCCACGAUGGACCGCAGCCGCUGCCGUUUUACGGCCAGAGCUGCUGCCUGAUCGAGGACGGUGAGCGCUGCGGCCGGUCAGCUGGAAACGCCUCCUUCAGCAAGAGGAUCCAGAAGAGCAUCUCGCAGAAGAAGCUCAAGCUCGACAUCGACAAAAGCGUGGAGACGAUUUGCCAGGUGAGACACCUCUACAUCUGCGACUUCCACAAGAACUUCAUCCAGAGCGUCCGCAACAAGAGGAAGAGAAAGACCAGCGACGACGGCGGCGAUUCCCCGGAUCAUGACGUGGAGGUGCCUGAGGUCGACCUCUUCCAGCUGCAGGUGAACACGUUGAGACGCUACAAGCGACACUACAAGCUGCAGACCAGGCCCGGACUCAACAAGGCCCAGCUGGCAGAGACCGUGAGUCGUCACUUCAGGAACAUCCCGGUGAACGAGAAGGAGACGCUGACCUACUUUAUUUACAUGGUGAAGAGCAGCAAGAGCCGCUUGGACCAGAAAGGAGACGGCGGCAAACCACUGGACUGAACUCCUCCUCAGCAGCAACAAUGAAAAACCCACAAUAACACCCCCCCCACCCCACUCCACCCCACCCUCCCUCCCCCCAAAAACAGAGAAGAAACUGGACACCACUAACAGCAGCAACAACAACCCGAACAGCAGCCGUCGGACCGCAGCUCGAGCUCUUAUUGUCCUGAGAGGAAGAGAAUUUCAAGAUGGGGGGGUCGAUCGAUUGAUUGAUUCUCUCUCACUAUUCCCUCCUCGCAUAAACACUGUCUGCGCAUGCUGUUACAGCAGCCCGUUCCUCUACCUCUCCCCCAUGGAAAGCCUGUGGAGGACCGGGGGGGGGGUUGUACGUGGUGAUGCUGAGGUGUAAACUGUCGAUAUGUAGAAAGCGAAACAGCGUCGGAUCUUUCGUGAGUUGGUUGAAUGCAAUGUACGAUAAAGCUGCCUUAAGAGCGAGAAGAUGUCGGGUGAUGGGGAGGAGUCGUUAUUUAGUUUUCUGCUUGUGCCAAACAAGUGUUGAAUGAUGAAAGUGGGAUUGUCUUUUUAUUCUUUUUGUUGCGUGGCCUUUCGCCAGAGUUGCGUUCUGCGUGCCGGGGCUCCGAGUCGCUUCAAAUGGCCCUGAACUCUCAUGGAACCCCCCCCCCCUCUUUCUCACUUAUGUUCAAAGAAACAAAACUGAUAUUUAACCCUCCCAACGUCAGAGGAGCGAUGGUGGUGAAUGACACACACUUUCAGUUCAUUUACACCCCCCCCCUUCUUUGCUUUAGAGUUUGAAACAAAUGAUUUUGAAUUGAUAUUUCCUGAAGGAGAGCGUCUGUGUCCGAUCAGGGUGUGAGAUUAUUAGCAUCAUUUUAACAUGUAAGAGCUGUGUUUAUAAUGGACAACGUCUGGAGUCUCGACUUAAUUCUUCACAUACCUGGGUUGUUUUUUUUUUAAUCUUUUGACUCAUUUAAAUUUCGACGAUUAUGGAUUCCUUUUUCGUCUUUAUCUGCCUGCAGAAAUACCAGUUUCAUCACGAGGAAGAUGGCUUGGUGGUUGAAAAAAAAAGGGGGUUGAAAUAAUGCGCUCACCACCAUCUCCCCUGCUGCCGUAUCUGUACGUUACCCUUGAAGCGCUCUGACUCUGCACUUUGGCGAUUGUUGUCUUAACGAAUGUGUCCAAGCAAACGAUGGAAUUAGUGAGUGAAAUGACUCGGAACUGAACGGGGGGUGGGGGGGGGGAGGAGGAGAUCAUUAUUUGUCGGAUUGGGUGUUAUGUUUCCAGGAUUUACAGCCCUGAUGGGGAAAGUAGCACUUUGGCCUUUUAGAUAGCGUAAAGCAUUUGUGAUGAUGAUGAUGAUGAUACCAACGCGGCUGUUUAUUAACGCCUACAUGUUUAUUUCACUUCUUUAAGCACUGCUGGAACAUUCAGGCAAUGAACAAAAUUGUUUUGUUUUUUUCCUUCAUUGUGGUGACUACCCAGUUUCUUUCUUUCUGCAUCCUGUCACAUCUUAUUUAAGUUUGCUCACCAUUGGAAUCUCUACUUUCAGCAGGGAACUUCUUCUUCUUUGUUAUUUUUGAUUUUUUAAGUGUCUGAUGUAUUUUCAGUUUUGCUUGUAGGUUGUUGUUUUUUUUUUUUUGUUUUUUUUUUAGUGCCAUGUAGAUAACACCCAUCUUAACAUAUAGGCCACGCCACAUUAACGUAAUUGUAUUAGAAGAAAAAAAACUAUUUAAAUAUGGCUGCUUAUUGCUCCUGAUGAUGAUGAUAAUAAAUGUAUUGUACAGAAAGAAGCAACGU